AUGCAUGAAGCUCGAAAAUGGAAGGAGGGUACGAGCUAUGACAGUAUUCCAAAAGAAACAAUGCAAAUUUUGUUUAAGUUGCGAAAUAUCCCUCCCCACAUGUACAACUCGGAAGCCUUAACCCAUUUCGCUAGCCUUCUAGGAAACCCGCUCUACAUGGACAAAAUCAUUGAGGAAAGUGAAAAUCUCACAUAUGCUAGGAUGAACAUUGAAGUUCAACCAAGAAGCGUUCUCCCCAACGAAAUUACAAUGGUUGAUCGAAAGGGAAAUGCUACCAAGAUGGGCAUACACUAUGAAUGGAGACCGUACAGAUACGUGAACUGCAAUACCUUUAAACAUUCUAUAGUAAGAUGCCCUAAAUUAAUGGCCAACCAGAAAGCAAACAAGGAACAACAAAUGCAGAAUGGAGAAGACAAGCAACAAAAAGUUCCUAGUACAAAUGAAACAGUGGUGGAAAAUUAA